GGCAAAGGCGGUGGUGGAAGCAUUGUGUUUAAUGGUGGCUGGCCACCGUUGUCACCUACUAUCUCCUCCGACGGCGGACGCUCGACCGACCUCCUCCUAUGUGGAUCUACCACUCUUUGCGGCGCCAACGGAGGACCCGGCAGCGGCGACGGUGGCGCGGGCACUUGGAUCUUCUGUCGGACCCAAUCUUUGAAAAGUUAAGUGGUUUUAGUGACGACCGCCGAGGACGCAUUGGCGGCAGCGGCCGCGGCGGCGGUGGAAAUGAGUGGAUUCCCUUUCUUUUGGUUGCUUUCCUGAAUGGCGUAUGGGAGACUGAUGGCGGAGGAGGAGGUGGCGGUGGAGGAGGAGAUUUGAUUGUCAAAACUUCCUCCCUUCUUCCACCCUUCUCCUCCUCCUCAUCUCGAUUCUCUCGGCGAGGAACAACUCAGAGGAAACGACCGGAGGACGGAGGAGGAGGAGGCGGUGGCGCCGGCACUGGGAUCUUCCUCUUGGACAACCUCUUUGAAGAGGCGAAUGACAAAUGCAGAGGCGGCGGCGGCGGAGGAGGUGGUGGCGCCGGCACUUGGAUCUUUCUCUUGGACAACAACCUCUUCGAAGGGGAGAACGAUGAAUUCAGGGGCAUCUGGAUCUUUGUCUUGGACCACCGAUUUGAAAAGGCGAUUGAUGAUUGUGGUGGCGACGGGAACUGAGUUAGGGUUUCAAUUAAUUCAAUUUCGCUUCCACCACCCAAUUCCUCCUCCUCGUAUUGAUUCUCUCGCAGAUUGGAAGAUGGAGGGGGAGGAGCUAGCGACGGAAGAGGCGGAGGCGGCGUUCGGAACUGAGCGAAAAAUUCAAUUUCGCUUCGCGGCGGUGGCCUGCCCCAUGGAAACAGCGACGAGCAAAGCACGAAAGUAUCCACCGGAAUAUCCUUGCAAUUUUCGAUCGGUUCGGGCGAUUCUCCUCCCUGCCUCCGCCGUCGGAGAGCAUGAUCUGUCGGUGUCCGUCGCUGCAAAUACAAACAGGGGGAGCUC